AUGCAUAUCGAAUGUCCAAUUUGUUACGAAGAAUACGGUAAGUCACAUUUGUGUUCUCUUCUCCGCGGUCUCCAGAGCUGACAAUAUGGGCGUGGCCUCGGCGGCCAAAUGGCGUAUUCAUGAAUUGAGCAGGUUUUCUCUGAUUUUUGUGGUCAAAGGCGAUGAAAAAUGAUUGUUCGACAUGAAAACACACUAAUUCUCACAGAAUUAAUGACGUUUUGGCGCAUUUUUCGCCGACUUUGCUUUUUCGCCUUCGCCGCCGAUCGCCGCCUAAAAACCGCACUUCUCAUUUUGCGCUUUCUUGACCGUUUUCAUACAGAAUUGAUUUUGAGAAUGAUAAAUCACGUAAAUACGAGCAUUUUGAGCGCUCGAAUCGCGAAAACUACCGAAAAGCAACUGAAAUUCACGCAGUUUUGGCCAAAAACCUUCAAACGGAUAAAUGUGAUUUGCGACUUGACCAAAUUUAACGCUCUCGCGCUUAAAAAAUUCGUAAUAGCCUAAACAAUCGGUCUAUCGAGAGACAAAUGAGAAAUUAUCGGUUUUUUGUGGCUAAUCUGGCAAAAACACACAAAUUUUGCUGUUAAAAUUUGAAUUUCGCGCCAAUGUAUCGCUCUAUUGACACUUGCGCCCAUUGUCAGCUCUGGAGACUGUGAUUCUCUUUGAUAGUCCCUCAUUUCAGACUCGGAAAAGCAUGUCCCCUGCAUCGGCACGUGCGGACACACAAUCUGUGAUGUUUGUCGGACGAGAAUCGACUCGAAAAAGUGCCCACACUGCAACCGAAAGAACGCGCUUGCCAACAAAAUGGUGAAUCGACAACUGCUCGAUUUGAUUCGUGUUGCUCAAGUUGUGAAGAUGCCGAGCGUGGAUUCAACGUCGAACAGACAAAAGUGCAGUAAAUGCGGUGUGGAAUCGAAAAAAUUGAGGAUUUGUUUGGAUUGCUCAAUGAAAUCGGGCAUUGUGAGAAAGUUCCGAGCGGCGGAAGAGUAUGGAAACACGCAGGAAGUGAUCAGGAAUAUCGAGGAGAACGCGGCGAUUUGCGGAGAUUGUGUCAUUGACGACGGACAUUCGAAGCAUAACGCGAUGCUUUUUGAGACGUUUCUCAAGGAGUACAACUCGUUUUUGGAGUGA